CACUUGUGUAUUACCUAACCUCAAUCUGCUCCUUGUUUCAAUGCCAUUUUGAGCUUCAUCUUCACCACCUUGGAGUUGCAUUCCCAUUCGGUCACUUCAAAGCAUUUAAUGUCAAUUCCAUUUCUGUGUGGAUUGCCAACACCACAAAGCUAAAGGCAUACUCAGUCGUGUCUUCGGCUUCUUGGGGGUGGUUUGCAUUUAUGGAGAGCCUCCAAGAACCAAUUAGUUCUUGUUUCAUGGGAGAUCCAUUGGACGUGGAAUGUUUGGAACAUGGAUUUGUUAACUCAGAGCUGUUGGGUUUCGGGAGAGAAGAAGAGGAGGGGGACGAAGAAGAAGCACAGUAUACGAUAUUUAGCUUGAAAGAUAAGAUGCCUUUCCUUCAGAUGCUCCAAAGGUUUGAACUUGAGCCCCCACAGCUUUUCGCCUUCAAAACCCCCAACUUUCAGACACUUUUGAGACUGCAACACUUGAACAACAACGACCCUUUCAUGGAAACACAAAACCAAGCUUUAAAGCUUGAAAGUUGUGUCACCCGUGAAGCACUGGACUUGCAUUCACCGGUCAAAUCCGAGACCAAGAACGACCUUAAAAAGAACCCACAUUUUUCAUCUUCAAGCUUUGAUGUUGUGAGCUCCGAGUUCAACCAAAACGCAGUCAAUUGCAGUAAAAGCGUCACCAAAUCCACUCUCGUUGCGAGAGAACGAAGGAAGCGGAAGAGGACGAAGCCGGUUAAGAAUAAAGAAGAAGUUGAGAGCCAACGGAUGACCCACAUUGCCGUUGAACGCAAGCGUAGACGUCAAAUGAACGAUUAUCUAAAUUCCCUCCGCUCUCUCAUGCCUCCAUCUUAUAUCCAAAGAGGUGACCAAGCGUCUAUUAUAGGGGGUGCAAUUGACUUCGUCAAGGAACUAGAGCAACUUGUUCAAUCCAUGGAAGCACAAAAGAGAAUGAGAACAACUGAAGAAAUCAACAACAACAGCAGCAGUAAUAAUUCGGAGUCAAAAUCUGCAAUACAAAUUUCACAGCCUGAAGUUGUAAAGGGAGAAGCUGAAAUAGAGGUUAAUGUAGUACACAAUCAUGUCAGCUUAAAGAUUCAGUGUGAAAGAAGACCUGGUCAGCUAGUACAAGGCAUUGUCACCCUUGAAAGUCUCAGAUUAACAGUUCUGCAUCUCAACAUUACUUCUUUACAAGCUUCGGUUCUUUACUCAUUCAAUCUCAAGAUGGAGGACGAUUGUAAGCUAAGAUCAGCAGAUGAGAUAUCAGCAACAGUCCACCAAAUAUUCAGUUAAAUUCUAUUGGUAAAAAGGAGGCAGCCGACUUUAUUCCUCAAGGGAAUAUAGAAAAAGACCAGAAGGAGAAAAAAAAAAGAAUCACUGUGCCAUCAAGCAAUGAUUUUGUACCACAAAGAUAAUUCAAGACAAGAGAUGAGAUGCGAGUCCUUGAUGUUUACAGCUUAAACUUGAGGAAAUCCCCAUGUUUAUCACUAACGAUUUCUUUUUCUUGCUUCAUAGGAUGAUAAGUAUGUGUAAUUUUUGUUUUGCUAUUUCCAAGUUGUUUUCUUCUUUUCUUGGGGGGCCCAAUUCAGAGUGCAGCUAUGCUAUUAGCUACGGCUUUCACCAGGUUUGAAGAAAUGUGUGUAUAUGGUUGCACCUUUGUGAAUGAUGCUUGACAUUU